GCUCGGAAAAUCAAUAAAAUUGUGUCCUCAAAGUGGUCAUUUCCGGUGGUACAGUGGUCCGUCGAGCUGCGGUAGUGAUAAUUGCGAUUCGAUCGUGUUACAGCAGUGCAAAAAUCGGCUCGUUGAUUAAACUGUGACCCCAUUUUUCCACGGGGAGAAGUUCGAAAAGUACUGAAGUUGAAGAUGGUGUAGGACUUUUUUUCUUUCUAUCCAUCCUCGUUUCGUUCGCGUGCGCGCUGCCUCCCCUCGCCUAUCGUCGAAGCAGCAGCAGCAGAAGUGUAGUGUACCGAGAAGAGAGAGUCUGUUCAAUUCUAGCCCCGAGACGUCGUGUCGUUUUUGUCGAAUCGGUCAUGUCUCGCGCGGUUCGCUAUUGGGCUCAAAGAACGGAAUGAAAUUUCUGUGAAAUUUUCCCUGUGUAACAUCGACUAGACCGGAUUUUGUGCGAAAUCUCAUUGGAACGACGGCCGCGGUGUACGCAGACAGAAAGCAGAAUCAGCAGAAUUGGGAAUCUACCAGUAGCAAAAGAGAAAUUUGGGAACAAUUACGGAGUUUGACGAAUUUUGGCACUCUCGAAAAUCGAACAUUGUUAGAACACCGAUAGUCGUCUAGCUGUGCAAAGGAUACUGUUGUGCCCAUUCUGUGUUGUGAGCAGUCGGAGAGCAGAGAGCGCAGAACUCCUCUGGAAGCACAAAAGGACACACAGUGUACGGUGCUGUGCCGUGAGUGUGAGGAGGUGGUAAUGAUAUUUGCCUUCCACAUCCUCUGGCCGUAUCGUGUAGGUCGCUUUGCUCAGAGCUCAGAGCUGGAGUCAGUCGCCUUCAAGAAGACACUGGAGUAGCAUCGAACCGGUUGACGUCGAGUGUGUGCGAAGAUAGAUAGAUAGACAGACGGACGAACGAUCGAUCAAUUGGGCUCGAGGAGUAAAAAAUCGGGUCACGCGUGUCAACUCAAGGGGGAUUAUCUCACUUAUAUACGUGUUUUUUUGUGUAUGUGCUUGUGCUUCCCCCCAGCAGCCCCGUUUCUCAGAAGCACUAUCCCGAGUGAGCUGACAUAAUCGAAUCGGAAUCAAAAUCGGUCCCGUUUGUAGUGCCAGUGCCAACGAAGCGAAAAUUCGGAGAACGGUCCCGUUUCGGAAUAGUACGGCGUAUUGGUGUUCUCUAGUUUUUCACUGUGGGUCUUGGAAAAAGAACAACACCAGCACAGCAGGACGGGCAAGAAGAAGUGAAUAAUUAAAUAUUCCGCCUGUGUGCAUCCAGCAACCGAAAGAAGAGAGUGCGCUCGGUGUGUGUUUCUUUCAUGUUCCGUUUCUGCUGGACGCGCGGGAGGAAAGCGGCGUGGAAUGAGUAAGCUUCUAUCGGGUUCCCGGUGUUUCUAGUCCUCCUCCUCUUCCACCUCCUGCUUUGGGUUUGCCACAGCACAAGCGAAAGCAGCAGCAGCAGCAGCGAAACGCAACGUUCCGACCUUCCGAGAGUCGAUUUGCUUUGCUUGGUUCGGUUCGGUAUAUCAUUAGGACAGCCGCGGCUCAGCCUGACCCGGCUCGGUGUGUUCAGUGUUUUGAGGAUCUGGAAUUAUUGUACGGUCGGGAUCUAGGGUUUUAGUGUAUGUGUGUAUGAGUGUUUGUAUAUUCAAGAGGAACGAAGAGAAAAGAGCCCAGAAUUGGAAGACGGAAAAGGGCAGCUCGGAGAAGUGUUCUUAGAGGUGUGCAGAUGCUAGAAGAAGAAACAGACAUGUGAUAAAUAUAUGAGCAUAGCGGUGUUCAACUAAAGUCCCGAAGGCCUCGGCUUGCCAGGAAUAUAAGCGACGAGGUUGUUGGGCGUAAGAAAACGAGGAAGAAGUUUCAAGUGUUGUGUUUUAACGCUGACGAAACACGAAAGGAAGAAGCGGCUAAAAUGACGAAACUCCUCAACGAAACUCGAAGAAGAUGUACUUAGACAGUGUUUCGGGGCGGUUUUGCUCUAGUUUAGGAUAAUUUUCAUCAUUUUGGGGGUGAAAAUCGAUAAUCCUGUGCUGGUUGUUGGUUGGGUGCGAGUAUACGAGGGAAUUUUCGAAAGAGUGAAGUGUGUGAACCGUAAAUCCUCUUGAACGGGGUGGCAAAGUGCGAUAGGUGUGCCACCACCACACCACCAUCACCACCAGCAGCACAAAACCAGUGUUCACGAUGCUUGCCGAAGGAACAAUGCACAAGAAAUAUAAGAUCUCCUUACCGCUGAGCUGCAACAUCAGCAGAGUCAGCAGUAGGAGUGCACUAAUCGAACGAAAACAAGAAGAUAAUUGCGACAGCAGCAGCCUUAGUAGUAGGAUCAGUGAUAUCAGCAGCUGUGUCCGGCUGCCGGACCCCGAUUGCUCCUGCGGCCGCUCGUUACCGGUGCUGCCUGACGGAGACUCCGAUAGCAACAUGAGCAACAGCAGCAGCAGCAACAGCAGCUGUAGUAGUAGCUGCUCUAGUACUAGUUCCCGCAAUUCCGGUCGACGGAGACAGUGCCGACCGCCGGACACUGUGAAGAAGGUACGGGUGAGAACCGGUGCCACCAAUGCCACCUGCAGCUUCGAACCUAGCCGAUCCCGAAGGCCUCGACCGGCCUACACUAGCAGUUUCAUCAUCACGCGUCGAUACUCCUCCUUAGCGAUAGUGUUAAUUAGUACCGUUCUAUUGUUGUGCCACUGUGGACCAUCAGCAUUCCUCCUUAGCCCCGGUUGGGCCGUCCUGCUCGAUGCCAACGGAGAAAGCACCGGACCGGCCGGGGCUCCGGUGCAGGCCUUCGGCGACGGGUUCGGAAAUUUCAACUUGGAACGAAGCAUAGCGGCCGUCUUCAGCCGGGUCGCGUACGGCUCGACGACGACAACGAAGCGCAGCAUACCGGACAACGUGUACGUGCCGAGUCUGACGACCGUGUCGACGCCACUGCUAACGACGUUUAGGUAUCGCGAGAAGGACAAGGAUUCGCUGAACCUAGGCGGAGGAAGUGGAGCCGGUGCCGUGGAAGGAGGACUGGGCGGUGGUGGCCGGGAACCGCACUACAAUCAGCAGCAGAUUAGCGCCAACCAUCGGAACUACGAGCUGGAUCUGGAGCGGGACCAUGUGCUGCCGACGUCGGCACCGAACGCGGAAAUCCUCAAGAGCAACAGCAAUCCGACCUAUCCGAACCCGAACCGGCACCAUGGCCACGACCGGCAUCGGCACUCGAACUCGACGCCAUACCCACACGGUCACAACAAGAAGGGCUUCCCGACGAAUCCGAUGUUCCCGGGAGACAUGUCCCCGCCGCCAUCGCGAGCCUUCACGCCACCGCUGCAUCGUAACUAUACGAAUCCGUUCGCGGACAAGCCCACGCUGCGCGGUACCAACAGUGACAGUGCGAUCAUCAGCACCGGCAGCUACGUGAAUCGUCGUCCUCUGCCACCGCCCAGUUUGAUGCCCGGUCACGAGCGGAUCCCGAUUCGGCCGGAUUUGAACGGGCCGGUCGGUGCGCAGAAACCGUCAUCCGGUGCGGCUCCUGUAGGUGCUGUAGCGCCUCCGGCGCUGGGAGGCGGCGGUGGACCUUCUAGUUCGUCGCAAUCGAUUGAUGCCCAGCGGAAGAAAGCUUUGAAUACGCCGUCGGAGAAGAGCAGCAAACUGGAUUCGACCAAGAACUACGGAGUGGACAGCAAGUUUAUGCUGGACGGAAACGGGAACUCCAGUGCAAUACUGCCGAAUGGGAUGCAUUUUCCGUCAAUUUCGAGGAUACUAAGCGGUUCGAAUGGGCGUACGCAGACGAUUCCGGAUGUGUUGCUGCGAUCGGUCACGUCGGCACCGAGACCGAAUCAGCCGACGUUUGAUUUGAACCCGCCGGUGACUUCGUUAAGUAAUGCUAAGAACUUAAAUAAGGGAAACGAUCAUAGCCGUGGCGAGGGAGAUGAUUUCGAAGCGGGAAACGAAAACAGUGGGAUUGAUCAGGACGAUGAGGAUGAUGACGAGGAAGAUGAUGAUGUGGUCGGUGGGGAGAAAAGCGAGGGUAGCCUGUAUUCGACGCAAGCACAAAGUGUUCAGACCAGUACGGUCAGCUCGUUGAUUCAUCUGUCCUCCUCGUCGUCGCCGAUCACGCAGAAGAUGCCGAAUCUAAACCUAAAAUCGGUGAUGAUCAAAGCGAAUGCUAGUGGGGACGGUGACGGGCAGUCCGGUGGAGCAGGGUAUGGGAAUGAUAGGAAUUUUGCAAAUGAUAUCGAAGAUAUCAGUACGUGGACGAUUGCGUGGAACAUUCACGUGUAUUUGUCGGCGAUUUUGUUCACCAUCCUAGCGGUGUACUCGAUCUUCAAGAUAAUCUUCUACGAUAAACUGACGCAUCUGUUUUCGCAGUCGUAUUUCAUCAGUAUCCAUUUGAUCCUGAUCAUCAUCUGCUUGCUGCGAAUUUUCUACCUUUGCUACGAUGCGUACAACAUUCACUUCAGUUUUAAUUUGUUCACUUCGGAGUUGCUGUUGAAUCUUCCGCUUACAUUCCUCACGACAACGUUCGCCAUUUUGAUUUUGUUCCUGUUGCUACGAUCGAUCAACCACAAAACCAACCGGUACAGUUCGAUUCUUCGUCCGCUGACCAUCAUGAUUGGUUCCGGAGUUCACGUUGGUCUUUGCGUUACCCUGCAUCUGGUCGAAUCGUACGAAACACAGCAGUUUUACCACAAACAAGCCCAACUGAUGGCCAGCAGUCGGGGAGGACAGACCGGUCAUGGUCCCACCAAUAUCCAGAUACCACCGAGAGUUCUUUCGUUGAUCUGUCAGAUCAUAUACAUCUUCAUCUGUUUAUCGUUGGGCAUCCUCUAUCUGUACAUGUACCGACUUCUGAAACGAAUUUUGCACAAAAGUCAGAACUACAUCCACGGUUAUAACAAUUUGUCGUACGCAAUCCACAUCACGAUCGCCACUGCACUGCUUUUUAUUCUCCUGGCAGCCCUGCAGAUCUACGGUGCCAUCAGCAUCAGCUCGCAGACGAAGGUCAAACUUUCGCCGAACAACAAUCUGAAUGAUGGUUCCGCCAAGAAGACCCUGUGGGCGUCGCACAUCGAAAUCGACUGGUUCCAGUGGGGCUAUCAGUUCAGUUUACGCUUCAUCGAAAUCGUAAUCAUCGCUUUGCUGUCGUGGGUUACCGGUCUUAAGACAGGUACCUCUAAGGUGAUUCAGCGUGAGAAGGACAUGGAACAACCGAACGCAAGCGGAUUCGCUCUGUUCCCAUGCACUUCAUCCUCCAGCCAGGAGAACUUCGAAACGGAUUACCCAGCGGUUUGUAACGCCAACACGAAUCUACACACCUACACGCUGCGCACGGGUAAACCGAUUUAUGAUGAUAAUUUUGCGCUGAAUUCGUUGAACUUGGAACAGAACAGCAAUCAGGAUCUUCAGUUGGGACCGGGAGGCAACGACUUCCAGCGAUCGAUCGAAACGAACAGCAUGCGAUCAAGUUCACACAACUACAGCAACAACUACAACGGCAGCCAGCAGGCCGAUCAACACGAAGAUUUCAUGAACGAUAGCGAACAGAUGCCGGAUCACUACGAGAACCCGAACUUCGAACUGAAGCACCACCACCGGGGGGAACCUCCGGAUGGACCGCAGUAUCACGACAUCAUGGACAACUGCUACUCGGAGCCGAUCAAUGCUCCACCAUACGACACCAAGAGCUUAAGAGGGGCAGCGGUAGGAGGAGGUCCUCCGGCAGUGCAUCUGCCCCAGGGAUCCCGAAACUACGACUUUCAAAACUUCGAAAGACCCUCGUUCGAUCAGGCAGCUUCCUCACAGUCAAUUUCCCGGGGUGAAUUCCGGGCUUCGAAAAACCUCAAAACGCUCAAAAGCGGACAGGCCAAUUACGACGGAGCGAACACAAUGGGUCACCAUCACUACAACCACUUCAACAACUACAACGAUUCGUUCGAACGACGAAUCGGUGUUCGGAAGAGUGGAACUCUGAACAACAUCGGCGGAAUGCACUUUAACCAGCAUGCCGGCGGAAGCGGGCGGAACAACAACAAUUCCGCUUCGUCAGCGUCGUCUUCAACUUCGUCCAACAACCGUGGUGCAAUACAACAACAACAACAACAGCAGCAGCAACAACAAGUGCAGCAGAUGCCCGGUCAGGGACGACCUCCUCGAGGUGCCAUCGGUCCGGAUCGGCACAUGAACGGAGCUCAAACGCUAAGCACUGCCGGUGGCCGAGGCGUUCCGGAUCACCAUCAUCACCAUCACCAUCAUCCGCAGGCAGCUCCUCGGAAUCUCCCCGGCGGAGAUUUCGUGCAUCCGGGAAGCUUCAACGAUCGGAUAGUCAACGGCCACGGUGUAGAUCACUCGUCCCAGGAGCACGUGAAUAACUUCGACGAUAACAGCAGUUCGGCAAGUUACUACCACAGCAAGAAACGCUCCCGGGAAUCGUCCAGCUCCAGCUACACCGGCUUUAACAACAACGGAAGUGAUCAUGGUCCGCAGAAUCAGGAACCGGGCAGCUCCUCGCCCACCAUGUCCGCUUCGAAUCUUCCGAUCAACGGCAUGAACGGUGGAGGAGGAGGAGGAGGUAGCAGCUCCGGUGGGUCGUCCAGUGGAGUCCUGCCCGGUAAGAUCGCUGCCCCGGCUGCCGUAGGAGCCGGCGGCGGCAGUGAUAGCUCGUCGAUGCUGGUCGCCGAGCAAGGUUUCGUGCGGUUCCGGGCGCUGGAAGAACCGGCGCUCAGCUCGCGAACCAACCUUAGGGAUAAGAACAAGCUAUUUAUGAAUUCUUAGAGUUUAACCGCCGGCUGGCUGCCGCCAUCGCCUCCCCCACCGCCGGGGGAACAACAGCUGUAAAGUUUGAGCAUUUUUUCACUCUUUUUCUCGAUUUAGGAUUCAACGUAAAAGAAAAUUAAACAUUCGCACACGUCAGUUCUGCCUGGCCCCCCUUACUCCGUACCCUGCUGCUCCCCGCCCUGCCGCCCCCCAUCGUCAUCAGUCCAAGCAAAGCAAGUCUCUCGUUGUAAAUAGUUAGCGCGAAAGUAAACAAAAAAAUAAACAAGCGGUGGGUUAUGCGUAGGUGUACGGCACGGCAGAAUUCGGGCGAAACAAUUCAGUCAAGUGAUCGAUUUAUUACUAUAAUUAAUAAAAGUAUAGAAGAUAAAGAAAAAAAAUACAAAAAAGCUACGAUUCUAGGACGUAAGAUAACAAAUUGAUGACAUUUAAAUAGUUGUGUAUAGAACAGAAGUGAUGCAGACGCGUGGAGAAAGCAAGAAUUUAAGGUUUUUCUUGUGCCCCCUCUUCCUUUCCGCUCAUACUUUUCUCCCGUCGCGACGUUAAAGGUCUUUUUCAUCGCAUCAUCGGUAGCGAGCGGGGAGGAUUUGCGUGCGGCGGUGCUGCCAGAUUCGGCCUAACACUUGAGCAGCGCGCGCGUUGCCAAUUGAUUUAUUUCGUUAGAACGUUAACCCGAAAAAAAAAGUUGUGGCUAGUUGUGGCUAUUCGCAAUAGGAAAUCUAAAACCGCAACCCACGCGACUCCUCCCCAUUAUUGCGCCAAAGUCGUUUGUAAAUUAUUGUUCGUCUUUUUUAAUUUUUCAUCGCUCAGAGCCACCCUUCCUUCGGAAGGAAAAAAAAGAAACAAACAUAAUAUGUAGGUACUUAUCGCUUUCCGAAUCUUUCGCUAUCUUGGAGAAAAUUUUAAAGCAAAACAGCUAAAAUGCCAUUCCCGUUCCCUUGAUAUCCCGUCUUGCCUUGACUCAUCCAUCCAUCCCGUAGUCAGUAGUAGGUAGCAAGCAAGCAAGCCAACAACCAAGCAAGGGCGUAAAAUUGCAGUCAAUUCUGCGAAAGCCUCGACCGACCGGCAGAAACAAAAAGAAAACAUGAACGAAACGAUACAGUGUGCUAUAAUUAGAGAGAGAAAGAGAAAAAGAUGGAGUGAAGCCUGCAGCUGAAGUAAGAAAUGUAUGCAAUUAGAGAGCUCUGACACAUAAAAUGUGUGCAGGAAUGGUGCUGCUCCCAACAGGCAAACGUGUGCAAAAAUAAAGAAAUAACAGAUCGACAGAUUAGAAGAGAGAGGAUAAUGAAGAGAUGCGAACAUGAACUACUACCGUAGAGAAGAUGGGAAAAGUGUCAUUAAGCAGAAAAAUAGAAAUAAUAAAAAAAAUAAUGUUCGAAAACAAAGAGUCGCACGGAAAUAGGAAAAGAAAUUGCAACCAAUUGUGAUGAUUUAAUCCGUCGGGUUUUGUCUUCUCGGGUCGGUGGUGCCGCACGGUGCAUUUAGCUUCUUUUUUUAAAAAAAAACAUAACUACCGAGUUUGUUGCGGAACAUUACGAUGCGAAGCGGAAAAGUGGAAGCAUAAAUAUGUGUAAUGCACCUAGCCUAGAAGAGCAUUUCUCUGAUCGCGCGCCGUUCGGAGUCGGCGGUGUCAGUGGGCAACCAAUAAUAAACACACAAACCCAGGACGCUGCCUGCUUUCGUCGGCUAGGUGCAUCACACACUACUGCAGUGUGUAGAAAAUAGAUACAGGUUAUGCCCCGAACCGAAACCGGAAGCCCUAAUUGGCGAUGAUUUCGUUGACUAAACAUUAUUUCUGCUUUUUUUAAUAGCAAUAUUAUGGUUUUUAGAUUGCAUUGUUUUAGUGAGUCUUAAGUAAUGACCGGAAACUAGAUUUUUUUAGACACAUUUUACCGUUUUUGACGUUAGAGUACAGUGGGUUGUGUUUUACUUUGCACAGACUGAUUUACGGUCUGAGUUUUCUGAGAUAUUUUUGAACUAUUUUGAUUUAAUAUUAGAUCAGUGCCAUAGAAAAAAGUUGAAUAGCCAUUCAAUCAUCAUGCAAAAGUUCUAAAUUUGGGCCCGUUUUGGAGCGACAGAUUUUUUUCUGUAAUUAAUUAUUCACUUACCUUACCAGAAGAGCCCUCCCGGCUGAAUGAUUCCAGGAAAAGGCUCUGUAAAUAAAACAAAAAAAAAACGAUUAGUUCCUUAAAACCCGCAACAUAAUUGUUUGAUCAGCUGCUGGUUGCUGCAGUAAUUUGAUAUUUUUUUUUCAUUCCGUUUAACUUAGACACAUAGAAUGAUUUUUUACCGAUUUUUAGAGGGAGAGUUCUAAGUAGUGUUUAUUAGUGACCCCUCUGUUUUACUUGUUGACAAUCUAAUGUGAAAUCAGAACUGAUAUUUAAUUCCAUCCGACAUCGUUUCGGGUAUAUUCUUAAGUCUUCUCGAAGAAUUCUGUUAGAAUACAAUCGAAACGUCGGUCAAUAUUAAGAAACAAUUCUGAUGACAACCAGUAAAACAAUGGAGUUUCAUGUUAGUGACGCUGCUUUUACACUUCAAGUAACAUUUAAGGUUUUAUUACACAACUAAAACGGUUUUAGUGACCAAAAUUAGUUCUAAACAAUAAGAGUGCAAAAAAACCUAAUAUGUUGCUUGGAAAGAAAGUUUUUUACUACAGAAAUUGAUCGGUUCAUUCUUAGAUAAUCAAAAAUAAAUGAAAAUAAUUACGCAUCAACAAACCAGGAAUCAUUUCAACAUUAUUAGCCCACUGAACUUCUGACAAACAAGGUAUUCUGAUAAAUGAAUAUUACUUAUAACAAAUCCAACGACAAACUAGUCCACUCUCAACGUUUCAUUUUUUUUAACUGAUACCAUCCUUCGUCCAUUCGCUAACCGAAUAUAGAACAUAAAUUGCGUCCUCAUUCGUUCCUCUUCUCUUCAUUCGAAACAAGCCAUCAGUAAAAACUGUUCUCAGUUCAAAACUACCAGAGCAAAAAAAAUCCGAGUGAAGAAAACUACUACUUACUAAACAAGAAACAAAAAAAGCGAUCACAUCACGUCCCAUAACUUGUGUAUAAAAAAGCGAAAAAACAAAAAUUGAAACAAGUCUGUGUCAUUACGAAAAGAGUUAGCAAACUGAUUAAUUUGUAAGUCAACCAGAAACAAGGAAACAUUAAACUGUUCAAACAUAAAACAAAGUACUAGUAAAUAUUAGAAACCAAUCGCCCAAACCUAAACAAAAAAAAAAGAAGAAACGAAACAAUUAAAACACAAAAACAAACAUCUCUUCUCUCUAAGCGUACGCCGCGCCAUCGUCGUUUUCUGUUUUGCGAGAAAAAAAAAUCCUAGUUGUAAAUGUGUCCUCCUGUUUCACCCCCACCCCCCUCCCUCCCACGCAAACGAUCGGAGAGAAAGAGAGAAAACCCACAGUCCUUUUUGUCGUCGUCUCGCUCUCGUAGUCACUUAAGCGAUAUGAAACUGACCUUAAUUAUAAAUAACAAAUUGAUAACAAGACAAACAAGAAUGGCGGAGAGAAAAAUCCGACAGAAAGCCGCAAGCGCAUAUAAAUUAGUAAAUAUUAAGUCAGACCGCUCUGAAUAUAAUGAAAUUAUAAAUAUUCAAAAAAAAAAAAAAAGAAAAAAAACAAGGAAGUAACGCUUACUCAAGCGAAGUUUAAGAAAGUGAAAGAGAAAACAAAACGAAAAAAAACAGAACGUGAACAAAACAAAAUUCGUUUCCUCUAUUAACUCUGUUGUAUAAAGUCGAGAAAAGUUUUCCUCCCAUUUCCCCCACGCAGAUCAAAAUAAAGCAAAAGUCCCAUAUUUACUACCUACAGUUUUUCUCCCCCAUUUCCACCGUCGUUUCCUAUUGUAAUGAAAAUAGUUUUGAGGCAGACAACAAUUGCCGCCGUAGCAGCGAACGCCGCACGCACGCACGGCCGCGCUCGUAUACGCAUAUCCGGGGUCGUCUUUCUAUCUCAAAACUGAGAUAUGAAAAAAAAAACGGAAAGCUAAAAGCCCCUCUUAUUUGAUGGCAUCUAUCGGCCAGCUCAAGUAAAGCAAAGUAGUUAGACUGCGGCGCUGGCGGCUGUGCUGUUGUGAUGCGCGGAAACCGUGCGCGGGCGGUUCGCUUCUUCCGGCAGUUGGAAUGCAAAAUAUUAUUUUAUAUAUAUUAUAUAAAUAAUAUUCUCUAUGAAUACUGAUGAAAACCCAGAAGAAAAA